AUGCGGGGCACUCCAGUUUUAAUUUUGAAUCAAAACACUAGACGAGAGCAUGGUAAGGACGUCCAGUUUGGGAAUAUUGAAGCUGGCAAAACAGUAGCCGAUGUUAUUCGUACGUGUCUGGGUCCUCGAGCAAUGCUUAAGAUGCUUUUGGAUCCAAUGGGCAGCAUCGUGAUGACAAACGAUGGCAACGCUAUUUUGCGUGAGAUAACUGUUGAACACCCAGCGGCUAAAUCAAUGAUUGAAAUUGCUAGAACACAAGAUGAAGAAGUGGGCGACGGCACAACAUCCGUUAUUGUUCUUGCCGGUGAGGUUCUUUCAGUGGCUGCUCCCUGUCUUGAGAAACAAAUUCACCCAACAAAGAUCAUUACUGCUUUUCGUCAGGCCUUAGAAGAUAUAACUACGGCGAUCGACACUAAGCUUAGCAUUCCUGUUGAUGUAAACAAUCACGAGGCUAUGGUUAAUCUUGUAAAAAGUUGCGUAGGAACCAAAAUAAUUAACAAAUGUCUCAGGGUGGAUUUGGCGUCCAAGUUGGCCAUAAGUUCCGUGAAGGUUGUUACCAUUGUCGACGGCGGUCGGAAGGAAAUUGACAUAAAGCGAUACGCCAAGGUAGAAAAGAUUCCUGGUGGUUCUAUUGAGGACUCUUGUGUUCUAGAUGGAGUGAUGUUUAACAAAGAUAUUUUACAUCCUAAAAUGAGGAGGCGUAUUGAGAGUCCUCGUAUUCUUCUUCUCGAUUGUAGUCUGGAGUAUAAAAAGGGUGAGAGCCAAACUACCAUGGAAAUAUGCGGUGAGAAGGACUUUACUCGGGCUCUCGAGAUUGAGGAAGAAUACAUUGGCAAAAUUUGUGAGGAGAUUAUUAGGCACAAACCGGAUGUUGUUAUUACUGAGAAGGGAGUCAGUGAUCUUGCUCAGCACUUUUUGGUUAAGGCGGGAAUAUCGGUCAUUCGCAGGCUUCGUAAAACCGAUUGCCUUCGGAUUGGGCGAUGCUCUGGUGCCACAAUUGUUAGCCGCACUGACGAGAUCAAGGAGGAGGAUAUUGGUACUGGUGCUGGCCUAUUUGAAGUAAAAUUAAUUGGCGAUGAGUAUUUUACGUUCAUCACAGGAUGUAAGGACCCUAAGGCAUGCACUAUCCUUCUUCGUGGUGCCAGCAAGGACGUUCUAAAUGAAAUUGAAAGAAAUCUGCAAGAUGCUAUGUCGGUAGUACGGAGUGCUUUCAUGGAUCCACGAUUAGUCCCUGGUGGCGGAGCACUUGAGAUGGCUCUUGCGCAGGAGCUCAGUCAAAAGGCGAAGUCUGCUGUUUCUGGUGUGCAGAAAGUUGCCUACCUGGCUGUAGCUCAAGCAUUGGAAGUAAUUCCUAGGACUCUGGCCCAAAACUGUGGUGCUAAUGUUUUGAAGCAAAUAACUGAAUUGAGGGCCUACCACGCAAUCGAUCCUGCAAAAAACUGGACCAUGGGAAUAAAUGGUGAAACAGGACAGUUAGUGGACAUGAAAGAACUUGGGGUUUGGGACCCUGUUGCGGUUAAGUCUCAGACCUUCAAAACUGCGAUCGAGGUAAUACACUGCUCAUUUAACUUGUAUUUUCAGACGGCCAUUUUACUUCUGAGAAUUGACGACAUCGUGUCUGGAACCAAGAAGGCCGCUGACACUGAUUCGAAGCCUUGA